ACACACAUUGUACGGAACACAUACACCGGUUUAGGGGCUUCACAGAGUUCUGAUCUGUUUGCAUCCCUAAAAUAACCACUCCUAUUUUGCCUCAUUGCAUUUUCCAGGAGUUAAGCACUAAACCUUGGAAUCCUAAUUUUGUUAAACACCAAAGUCAGUACCAAGGGAAGAACAGAACACUAAUCUGAACCUUCUUUUGUUCUAGUGCUCUUUUUCUUACAAGUUUACCAUACUGUUAUUAACAGAUGGUUUUGUAAACAAGCGAAAUUGUUGCAGAUCUGCCCCACAGCUAACCCCUCCCACCUGUGUUACUGUGUCGGGGUGCCCAGUUGUUGCUGUGUGUCCCCGUCUUCAGGUGACUCCUGACCAAGAAGGAUGAGCCGUGGCUCCCAGAGGGCCGCCUCCGGGCUGGCAGAUGGAGGGAAACAGCUCCCACGAGGCUCCCUCUGGGGCUGCUGAUCCGGAGAACGGUGCUGGUGAAGCUCCGUGCACGCCUGCCUCCCCCUCCAAAGAUGCUCACGAGACGGUUGGGGGGAUCAUCUUUUCAUCCUCGCCAAUUUUAGAUUUGAGUCAAAGUGGUCUGCACCAUUUAGGAGAGAUCUUUAAAAUCCCCAAUGUUAAGCAAUUGCAUCUUCAAAGAAAUGCCCUCUGCUCGAUUCCUAAAGAUUUCUUUGAGCUACUGCCAAACCUUACUUGGCUAGACCUCCGGCGUAAUAGACUCACAGCGCUUCCUUCUGGGAUUGGAUCUCACAAACAUUUGAAAACGUUGCUUUUGGAAAGAAAUCCUAUCAAGAUGUUACCUGUGGAGCUAGGGAACGUGACUACACCAAAGGCGCUGAAUUUGAGACACUGCCCUCUGGAGUUCCCCGCCCCACUUAUUGUGCAGAAAGGGCUGGCAGCCAUCCUGACCUUUCUUCACAUCUGCGCGGCGGAGAACUGCUCCCCCAAAGGUUUAACCUUGUCUGUGGUCCUGGUGCCCCCACCACAGGACUGGCUGUUGGGCCCUCCAACUCUGCACUUUAUGAAGUUGAAUGAUAACCACCCACUGCCUCCACCAGGAAACAGAGUGAAAAGGAAACGAGAGCGAUGGGAAACGGAGACACGGCACACCAGAGGACUGGCCCAGGGCUCACUGCCUGGCCAACAAGCACCGCAGACAGACGUGGGGCACAGAGGCCCUCGGGAGGGCCGUUCCCGAUCGCAGGCCUGCCCUGGCCCAGCAACACCCCAGGCCAGGAAGCUACAGGCGGAUGUGAUGAAACUGAAGUCGGGACUGACCUUGAGCGGAAAUCACCCCCUUGUGAGUCUCACUGGAAGCUGCUCACUUGGCCCACCUGCCUCACAGCCUCAGAAUAUAUUUUUUAACAUGAAACAUUAAGAGUCUGAAGAAGCUGACAAAUACCAGUGACUGAGUGUCCUCGGACGGACGGAAACCUCGCCACACCUGAGCACCAGCUCGGCAGGUGUGUCCUCUCUCAGGGGUCAGCCCCAGGCGGCGGGGGCGCCAGGAUUCCCGCUGUUCUCAGGACCCAGUCCACAGAGCGCCUCGGAGAGCCCGCCGCUCUGGGUCGGUGUUGCCCUCAUGGAGGCUGAAAAGGCUUAAGUGACGCUAAAAGAAAAUACCGUAAACAUUGUUUCCAUCUCUGCCUGCUUUCUCCCUGCUGUUGAUGAGUGUUUGGACAUCAGCACCUGCCUCCCCCUCCCAGCCCCCGGCCCAGGUCUCAAGUGUAAUCGUGGCUGUCACUGACUGAUGUGUUUCAGCGUGGGAGAGGCCAGGUCACCAACCCUGCCACGUCAGAAGUCCAUCCCUCCGUCUUUGCCAGGAGAGGGAGGAAGGGGUGCUUGCUAUGAGGGCUUCGGGUACACACACCAUCCUGCUGCGCAGAGGGCUGUUCCUCAGCUCUCACCCGUCCUGGGGGCUGACCCCCAUCCUGCACGUGGGAUGGUGAAUGCGGCCCUGGCAGGGUGCCCGCCUCCCAUCACCGGAUAGCCCUGUGUGCAUCAUCCCUCACCCAGGCCACUGAGGUUCUAGCUGACUGAACCUCUUGUACAGAAAAGGUUGUCUGAAUGCCUGAUUGUUGUUAAAUAAGGGCUUAAUCUCAAAAACUUCUUCAAUUUGAUUUCUUUAGUAAAUGUAGGAUUAUUCAGAUUUUCUAUUUCCUUUUGUGUCAACCUUGGUAAAUAUGUUUUUCAGUGAACUUUCCUACAAGUUGUCAAAUUGAUAAGUUUCUUAUAAUUCCUCUUAUUUUUUUCAGUUAUUUAGAGCCUAUGGUAAUGUCUCCUUUUUCAUUAUUGAUAUUGGUGUUUUCCGUAACCAGCCUUCACUAGGGAUUUAUCAGUUUUGUUAGUAUUUUCAAAACCUAGUUUUUCUCUUUGUUAGUUUCUCCACUGUGUGUAUGUUUCCUCUGCCACUGAUUUCUGCUCUUCACAUUCACUGCCUUCUACUUUCUUGGGGUUCGAUGGGUGCUUCGAGGUAAAUCUAUCACUUUUAAAUGCAUGUGUUAGAGGAGAAAUGUGUAAAAUCUAUAAGUUUCCAACUGAAGAAGCUAGAAAAUAUAUUAGUUACUGCUGCAAAACAGAUUCCCCAAAACACAGCAGCUGGGGGAAUAAAUAUUUGUCAUCUCUCACAGUUUCUGAGAAUUAAGAAUUGGGAGUGGCUCAGCUGGGGGUCCUGGUUCCCUCAGUUGGGGCUGCACACUCCUAGGGCUCAACUCGGCUGGAGGGCCUGCUUCCGGGUCGAAACGAAUUCUCUUCAGUCCAGUCCUUUGAAAUCUGUGAAGACUCGCUUUAUGGCCUACCACACAACUUAAGGCUCGUAAGUAUUCCACAUGCACUGGAGAAGAUUAUUUAUUUUGUAGGUGGUGGAUAUAGUGUUUUCUGUAUGUUGAGUCAGGUUGAUUAAUCACGUUGCUCAAAUGUCCUGUGUCCUUUCUAAUUUGUUUAUCUUGUCUGUCAGCUGUUGGGAGAGGCAGGUUAACAUUUGUAGCUGUGGUUGUGGACUUGUGUAUUCCUCCUUUUAGCUGUGUCAGUUUUCGUGUAGAUGUUUUGGAACCAUGUUAUCAGAUGCCUACACAUUAAAGACGGUCUUCCUGUUGAAUUAACCUUUUUAUCCUUAUGAAAUAUUUCUCUCUCAUUUUAUACUUCUUGACUUACAGUCUACUUUUUCUGAUACUAAUACAGGCAUACCACGAGUUUUGGUUAGUAUUUAGAAGAUACAUCUUACGUGCUUCACUGUCUUUUUUAUUUUUACUUUUUUAAAAUUUAAAGUGCAUCUUUUUUACUUUUUACUUUAAGUACAUUGUAUGUGAACAGCAUAUAGUUGGGCCUUGUUUUCUUCAUACAGCCUGCCAAUCUUUGUCUUUUAAUUAGCGUGUGUUGCCCACUGACAUUUAAGGUAAUCGUGCAUACGGGUGAUUUUACAUCUGCUAUCUUGCUACUAAUUUUAUGUGUCUCAUACAUUUUUGUCCCUUUAUGCUUCCUUUCUUUUCUGAUAGAUUAAUCAAAUGGUUUUUUUAUUAUUCGAUUUUCUCUCUCCCUUUAGAGUGGUAGCUUCCUGUACCGCUCUCUCAGGUGCCACCCCAGAGGCUGUAAUACGCCCACUUGGUUGGAUGCCUUCGCCUGCAAGACAUCCAGGCACCUCCCCGUGGGCAGUGCCACCUGCCCCCCUCCUGCCCCUGUGCUGCUGUGGGCUGCAGCUUCCUUCCACACCCUGGUGAACCCGCGAGGCCAGUGCUGGCGCUGUUUGUAUGCUCUUUACAUCCCUGCUGUGCUCGCCUUCCCUGCCACAGUUUCAUGCAUGUCAGAGGUGAUUUCCCUUCAUCUAGAGUAGAAGAACUUUCUAGUAUUUCUUUGUGCUAUGGUUAUGGCUCAGCAGGCAAUAAAUUCACUUCACUUUUGUUUGUCAGAAAAAAAAUUCAGUUUGCCUUAUUUCUGCUUGGGCAAAUUAUAGAUUGGCAGUGUUCAUCACCAUGACACAUUAAAGAUGCUGGUCCACUUCUGACUGGUCCACUUCUGUAUAUUUUUAUAUGGAUAAAAUUCAAUUUUCAUCCUUACUGUUCACCUUUGCAAAUUUCUCUGGCCAUCUUAAAGACCCCUCUCUGUCUUUGGGUUUCAGCAGUUUGUGCCUAGAUGUGGUCUGACUUAUCCCUUUGCAGUAUACAGAACUCCUCAAAUCUGUGAAUUAGUAUCUUUCAUCAGUUUUAGAAAAUUCUAAGCCAUUACUUUUUGGGUAUUUUUUCCCCCUAUUCUCUAUCUUCUCCCUUCUGGGACUCUGGUUUAUGCAUCUUAAGCCACUUGACUAUGUCCCACAUACCUCAUCUCUCUUGUUUUUCCACUCUUUAUUCCUUCUGUGCUUCAGGUCAGAUGGUCCCCAUAUGUGUGGUUUUGUACUUACUGAUCCUGUCUUCUGAUGUGUUCAUCAGAAAGAUCAGUGAGAUCUUUUUAAGAUAAAAAAAAAAUCAAACUAUAUUAUAUGAGAAAAAAUAAAUAUGGGGGCUUAGAUAAUGGUACUUAAAGCUUAGAAGCAGUGUGCUGGGCACUACGCACACCUCCCUCCCCUCAGCCGCACAGCCCUGCUGAUGCACCACCCAGGACCUCUGCCUGGGGUGUUUUAUUGCUAGCAGCUCCAUGUAUCUCUUUAUAGUUACCAUGCAUCUUUCAGCUGAAAUUCCAUAUCAUUUAUGUACGCUGUCCACCUUUUCCAUUAGGUCCUUUAACGUAGUAAUCAUGAUUUUUUAAAAUAACGUUUUUAUGUUCAAUCAGUUUUUAAUUGCAGAUUGUAUUCAGUUCCAGAAUGUCUGUUUGGUAUUUUUAUACGGAUGCCAGUUCCAUGUUGAAAUUCCCUAUAUCAUCCAUUUCACCUCUUCUCAUUUUCUAGCACAUACUACAUUUGUCUCAUAACUUUUGUUGUGUGCCAAACAUUGCUAUAAAAACAUUUUUUUAACCCA